AUGAAAAGAAAGUUUAAGAUAGAAGAUAUAGAUGAAUAUCAAACAAAGAGUAGUUUGAAUCAGUUGUAUAAAGCUGAUUUAAUAGAAAUAUGUAAAGUGUUAGAGAUUGAUACAAUCACUGAAAAGGAAACUAAAUCAUAUAUCAUCGAUCAAAUACUUAAUCAUUAUAAUCGUAAUAAUAGUAAUAAUAAUGAUAAUGAUAAUAGUAGUAAUAAUAAUGAUAAUAAUAAUCAAGAUACUGAACAACAACAACAACAACAAGAUAACAAAAGAAUAUAUACAGAAGAAGAGUUAUCAAGUCGUAGUAAACAAAAAGUGGCUGCUAUAUGUAAUGAUUUAAAGAUAGAGUAUAGAGAGAGUGAUACAAAGAAGAUGUUAAUACAAUAUAUAAUGGUAUAUCAAAAGACAGAGGUUACACCAUCAUCGUUGAGUGGUGGAUACUCGUUACCUUGGUCAAUCAUUGCGAGUAUUCUCACACAGGCUUGGAAUGAUGCAAAGUAUUGUACUUGUAUCUAUCCUAAAGAGUUAUUAGAACUACAGAGAGAGUUUAAUCAGAAGAUACAUCUAUCAAAUGAUACCUAUUCAGUAAAAGUUCUAGGUAUACAAUUCAACUCUAAAAUCGGUCAUUAUACAGAACAAGUUAAAGACAACAAUCAACGAUGCCCACAACAUGCAAUGCAUUAUAGAGAUGAUUCAUUGUAUCAUCCUUGGGCUCAUUUCAGCUUUGGACAAAGAGAAUUGCAUCCCAUCGAAAUACAGUGGAAGCAGUCGAUGUUGACCAUCUCCAAAAAGGUAUUCCAUCAUCUCUCGACUACGAUCUCUCGUACUUUUACUCUUCCACUAAAAGAUCAAGGUGCACCUCGAGCAGUAUUUGAAAAGUCAGUUUGGAGUCAUAUCAACAACCAGUACAAUGGAAUUAAAGUUGCAAAUAGAAUCUAUGUUCCACAUUCAAAUCAAGUGUAUCUUGAUGCACCACCAUGGUUUACAAAGACAAUUGAACACGUUACACUCUAUGAAUUAACAACUGUCAAGCCCAGUAAGCUAUCACAACUAGUCAAUCUCAAAUCAAUUGCACUCUUGGGACACCAAAAGCCUGAAUUAGGAACACUAAAGAAUCUCACCUCUAUCUCUAUUGACUCUCAAUUCUUUGUCAAUGCCAUUGAAGAUUUUGUCGAGUCAUUGGAUCGUCCAAUGACGAAGUUACUCCUUGGAACUCCAUCAGCCAUUUUAAAAGCAAAAGAUAUUGUACUAGAGUCGGUACAAGUUAUCAAACUGGAUGUCAAGACAUACAAGGAAUUAUUUCAAAACAAAACAUCAUCAAGAAAUCUACCCAAUCUAAGACAUGUACACAUUCAAUUUGAAAGAACUAUCAAAGACAUUACAGACAUUAUUCUACCAUACACAGUCACUACAUUGUCAAAUACAACAUCUUAUGCAUAUGGCAACGAGGAUAUAUUAUCGAGAUUUUUAGAAAAUAAUCCACAUAUUACAUCUCUAAGAAUGGCAUACAGCAGUUCUAACCUAACAACAUUUGGAACCAUUUGUGAUCAGCUCACACUAUCCAAUCUUUCAAGAAUAAUGAUUCAUUAUGAUAGUAGCUUGACAAAAAUCCAACAUCAACAACUCUUACAAUCAAAUCUAUACUUUAAUUCAUCAAAAAGUUCGAGUUUUGGACAAGACUAUAGAAAAUAUAUAUUUUAUAUAAAUGAUCAACAAAAUAAUCAAAUCAUUAAUAAUAAUAAUAAUAAUAAUAAUAAUAAUAAUAAUAAUAAUCUAUUACCAACACUACCAACUAAUAUUAUAUUUAAAAUCAUCAAAUUAUUAUGGAAUAGUAUGAAUAGAUGUAAUUGUGAUGAUUCAAUUGUUAGAUGUUACGAUUUAACAAACAAGAGAGAGUUGACUCUUACCAAACGAGACAUUAUACUUUUAAAAUCAAAUCAAGAUUUUGAAAGCAUUCAAUCAAAUUGUCCACUUCAUUGUUGGUUUGAUAGAUCUUCUCUAUACACCCCGCUCUUUCUUAAAAGAUACCCACAACAAAUUGAAAUGGCUCAAUGA